AAAGUUAAAGUAUAUAUCAAAUGUGUUGUGCUUAGACAAUGGAUAUGAUAAAUAUUAUUAAUAAUUGGUGCAAGGGUCAAACUAUUUCUGCACUGUGAUCAUUCUGUUAAUUUUUGUCUGCGUAUAUAAAUUUAAUCAUGGACUAUAUAUAAUACCUUGCAACGUUGAAUGUUCACAAACAUCACCUGAUUUUGAAAAAACUAUUUAUCUAACAUAUACACUGCAUUCCACAUUUGCAUUCUCAUCCAAUAGCUAGUGAGUAAAUCUAUCACCAAAAAAAAAAAGAAAAAAAAAUGAAGUUUGGCAAAGAAUUUGCUUCACAAAUGGUGCCAGAGUGGCAAGAAGCAUACACAGAUUAUGAGUUCUUGAAAACUCUAGUAAAAGAAAUCGAAAUUUACAAGCAAAGAACCAGACUGGCCAGGCCGGCUGGUCCGGUGCGAAGCCGCACUCUCUACAGAGCCUUCAGUGGGCUAACACAGAGGGUGAGCUCCCCGGGAGCUCAUCAAGCUGCAGGUGAUGUUGAAAACCAAGCCAUUCUGGUGCAGAAUGUGAGGCGGGAAGGGGAGGAUCGUUCGGAGACGAUGUUCUUGGGGGCUGCGGACGAAGGAGGGGAGUAUGAGAUGGUGUAUUUCAGAAGGCUGGAUGAUGAGUUCAAUAAGGUGCUGAGGUUUUAUAGGUUGAAAGUUGAUGAGGUGUUGAAGGAGGCUGCUGUGUUGAACAAGCAGAUGGUGGCGUUGAUUGCGUUUCGUGUGAAGGUGGAGCAUCCACAAGGAUGGAUUAAUAGUGUGGAGGAGACUACUCAGCUUGCCUCAGAUGCUGCUGCUUCUUCAGCUGCAUUGUUUGCCAACACACCUUCUGCUGUCAAAGCAAGCAGAAGGGCUCCGAUGGCUGUAAUAGACGAAGAAGGUUCGGUAGCGCAUAGUGAAGGGCAGUGUGAUGAAUCACAUGAGGAUGUGAAAGAUGGGAAUGGUAUUGAGGUGGUGAGUGAAAGAGUUCAAGAAGUGAAGCAGAAGAAUGAGAUCAAGGCGAAGAAGAGGCCGGCGCCUUUGGAGAUUCUUGAUCGUGUGAAGUUCAACACGAGUCAAGAAACACCUCGUUCGACAAUCAAAGGAUUCCUCAAUCUUCCUAACCAGGCUGAUUUGAAGUUCACUGAGGAUAAUUUGAGGAAAGCAGAAGAUCAGCUUAAGAGGGCUUUUGUUGGAUUUUAUCAGAAGCUAAGGCUUCUAAAAAGCUACAGUUUUCUGAACAUUAUGGCCUUCUCAAAGAUUAUGAAGAAAUAUGAUAAGGUUGCUUCAAGACAUGCAUCAAAAUAUUACAUGAGAAUGGUUGAUAAUUCCUAUCUGGGAAGCUCUGAUGAGGUAAGCAAGCUGAUGGAAAGGGUAGAAGCCAUCUUCAUCAAGCAUUUCUCAAACUCGAACCGUAGCAAAGGAAUGAACAUCUUGAGGCCUAAAAAAAAAAGGGAAUCACAUGGAACCACAUUCACCAUGGGAUUUCUGUUUGGCUGCACCAUUGCUCUUAUCAUAGCACUAGCUCUGAUUGUUCGUGCACGUAAUAUACUCGACAAAGAAGGCAGAGUACUCUACAUGGAAACCAUGUUUCCCCUCUAUAGUUUGUUCGGGUUCAUCGUUCUCCACAUAAUAAUGUACGCUGCAAACAUAUACUUCUGGAGGCGGUAUCGAGUGAAUUACUCCUUCAUAUUUGGAUUUAAGGAAGGAACGGAACUAGGAUACAGAGAGGUUCUACUUCUUGGAGCCAAUUUAAGUGUGUUGGCUCUAGCAAGUGUUCUUGCUAAUCUAGACAUGGAAAUGGAUCCAAUCACAGCUGACUACAAACCCAUUACGGAACUCCUUCCUCUUGGAUUAGUAUUGCUUGUGAUUGUGACUUUGCUGUGCCCUCUCAACAUCUUGUACCGCUCGAGCCGCUAUUUUCUACUCGUCUCCGUCUUCCACUGCCUCUUAGCUCCUCUGUAUAAGGUUUCAUUGCCAGAUUUCUUCCUAGCAGACCAGCUAACAAGCCAAGUGCAAGCUCUAAGAAGCCUAGAGUUCUACAUUUGCUACUACGGUUGGGGAGACUACAAACGCAGGCAAAACCACUGCAAAUCGAACGAUGUUUUCAACACCUUCUCCUUCAUCAUCGCUGCAGUCCCAUACAUGUGGCGCCUCCUUCAGUGUCUGCGUCGUGUCUACGACGAGAGAGACAUCCACCAAGGCUACAACGGGGUGAAAUAUCUGGCAACAAUCAUAGCCGUGUGUGCAAGAACAGCCUACACCCUCAACAAAGGGCCAGAAUGGAAGAUCAUAGCCUGGAUCACCUCGAUCAUUGCCACCAUCAUCAGCACUUAUUGGGACAUCGUCAUGGAUUGGGGGCUCUUCCAAAGCAAAUCCAAGAACAGAUGGCUGAGAGACAAGCUGCUUAUCCCACACAAGAGUGUCUACUUUGCAGCCAUUAUAUUGAAUGUGUUAUUGAGACUAGCAUGGAUGCAGACUGUGAUGAACAUCACCGUUUUCUCACUGCAUAGGCAGACCAUGGUUGCGCUCGUGGCUUCUCUAGAGAUCCUUCGUCGCGGUCUAUGGAACUUCUUCAGGCUGGAGAACGAACAUCUCAACAACGUUGGCAAAUUCCGAGCUUUCAAGUCAGUGCCAUUACCAUUCAACUACGAUGAAGAUGAAGAUAAAGAUUAUAUUUGCAUUGUCCAUCAUUAG